GUGGAUUUAUAUGUGAAAUAUUGGUGUUUGUGUGUAGAAGACUCAGUAAUGAUGAAGUGCUUGUAUCUUGUGUCUGUCGUGUUUCACGUGGCUGCAGGCUGCGCUCUCUCUGCUAAUAAUGAUCAAGUAGGACAUAAAAUAAGACGCAGAGGUGAUUCAGUGCUGUUACCCUGCUCCUGCUCUGACCUGAACACCAAACCUCAAACACUCACCUGGUGGACCUACAGAACAGGAAAUGCAACAGAAGUGUUAAAUGAUGAGCACUACCGUGGCAGACUUCAGCUGUUUAAUAACAUUUCUCCUGCUAAUCUGUCUCUGUUCAUAUCUGACCUGAGAGUAGAGGAUCAGGGAUACUACAGGUGCAGCACUGAGAAGGCAUACAGAGACAUCAGGCUUAAUGUUAAAGUAAAAAGAGAAACAUCAACACGAAGGAAAACAAAGACAAAAUCUCCAUCAAAACAGCGUCAGAGUAAAACAACACACUCUCCACCUGCAUCACCCUCAGCACUGGACCAAGGAAGAAGAGAAACAUCGACACAUUUAAGGAAAACAGACACAGCAUUUACAUCAGAGCAGCCUCAUAGUAAAACAACACACUCUCCACCUGCAUCAUCCUCAACAACACCGAACCAAGAUAAAGGUCAAAUGCACAACAGCCUCCCUCUAGGCAUUUUGGCAGUGUUAUUGUUGGUGAUAGUGGCAUUUAUUUGUUGGAGAUGCAGAGGAGGAAGAUGUGGCGAUAACACGAUUACUGAAAGAUGUCAGGGCUGUAAGAAAAAGCAGAAGACUGAUGCUAUUUAUGCUAAUGUAUCCCACAAUAACAAAGCCGGAGCAGCACAGGUCCAGAUCAACACUGGAGAGGAAACUGAAUAUGCCUGCAUUAAAAAAACAACAGCAAAAAAAAAAGUAAAUAAAUAGAGUACAGCGGUACCUCGGCAUACAAAUUUAAUCCCUUACGGAGGCGAGUUCUCAAGGCACUUCCCAAAGGAAAUACUGUAAAUACAGAUUCCGUAUAUAAUUAUAUAUAUAUAUAUAUAUAUUUAUAUACACUCAACAAAAAUAUAAACGCAACAUCUUUGUUUCUGCUCCGAUUUUUCAUGAGAUGGACUUAAAAAUCUAAAAUUCAUUCCAGAUACACAAUAUUACCAUUUCUCUCAAACAUUGUUCACAAAUAAGUCUAAAUGUGUGAUAGUGAGCACUUCUGCUUUGCUGAGAUAAUCCAUCCCACCUCACAGGUGUGCCACAUCAAGAUGCUGAUCUGACAUCAUGAAUAGUGCACAGGUGUACCUUAUACUGCCCACAAUAAAAGGCCACCCUGGAAUGUGCAGUUUUGUCUCACAGCAAAAUGCCACAGAUGCCACAAGCAUUGAGGGAGCGUGCAAUUUGCAUGCUGACAGCAGGAAUGUCAACCAGAUCUGUUGCUCGUGCAUUGAAUGUUCAUUUCUCCACUAUAAGCCGUCUCCAAAGCCGUUUCAGAGAAUAUGGCAGUACAUCCAACCGGCCUCACAACCGCAGACCACGUGUAACCACACCAGCCCAGGACCUCCACAUCCAGCAGGUUCACCUCCAAGAUCGUCUGAGACCAGCCACUCAGACAGCUGCUGAAACAAUUGGUUUGCAUAACCAAACAAUUUCUGCACAAACUGUCAGAAACCGUCUCAGCUGCAUGC